AUGGGUUGUAGUCCUGCAAAACAAGAUGUUAGCAGAGGCCCAAUUCCUACUAGAAGAGAGAAUGUUACGGUAAGCGAAGUACCGCAACCAAUGAAAACUACAAGAUCUGAUAAACUGCAAGAAGCUGGUUCAAGAGUAACUCCUCGUGCUUUGAAUACACAUCGACGAUCCGAGCGGUCAUCAGAUAACGAAGACAAUGAGGAAGAUGAAGAUGAAGAGAGACCCGAUCCUCCGAACUUUGAAAUUCAUUCAUCACAAUCCAAUCGUCAUCCGUCUCGCUCGAGUCAUUCUGUAAACCGUACGCUUUCAUCAGAUCAUGCACAUGAAAAUGGCCGUGAGUUGGUAACGAAAAGUCGAAGUUCACAUGAAAGCGAAAAUGGCCGUCAGUUGGUAACGAAAAGUCGAAGUUCACAUGAAAACGAAAAUGGCCGUGAGUUGGUGACGAAAAGUCGAAGUUCGCAUGAAAGCGAAAAUGGCCGUAAGUUGGUAACGAAAAGUCGAAGUUCACAUGAAAGCGAAAAUGGCCGUCAGUUGGGAGCAAAAAGUCGAAGUUCACAUGAAAACGAAAAUGGCCGUGAGUUGGUAACGAAAAGUCGAAGUUCACAUGAAAGCGAAAAUGGCCGUGAGUUGGUAACGAAAAGUCGAAGUUCAUACUCUAUAGCCAAUCCGAAAUCAGCAGGUAGAAGGGAUGACGUCCAUACGACUACAAAAGAAUCACGUCUCACCGCGUCAAGACGAGAAGAUACAUCUACGCGAGAAAAUACAAAUUAUGAUGGUACAGAAACAGAUGCUAUACCACACGGACAAUGUAGUCGGUGUGCUCAUUGUGCUCGUAUUCGAGAAAAAGAAAGAGAAAAAAUGAUGGAACCAGGUUUUGUUAUAAAGAAUUUGGAAGAUGUACCCACUAUUCGGAUUGACAUGGAUCAAUAUGAUGUCGAUGGAUUUAAAAAACAGCAACGUAUGACAGGCAAUCAGAUGCCACAAACAAAGGACUCACAUGGAGGAAGAACAGUGUUAGAUGGAGAUAUUGAGAAAUAUUUUCAACGUGUCAUAUCAACACCCUUUCCGCCAAAGUACGAGGCAAGUCGAACACCGUAUCCUGAAUAUGAUCUACUACAGCGUUACGAAAUACGACUAAAUAAACCGUAUACAACAACAUUAUUUGUUGAUUAA